CGCCGGGCCCGCCGCCCCCGGCCCGGCCCCGGCGGUCCCCCCGCCGCGCGCCCUCGGGCCGACUUCCGCCCGCGCAGCUUCCCCUCCCGGGUUUCGGGAAGUCCCCUCCCUUCCCCUCCGCGGCGCCCCACGCCUCCAGUCCUCCGCAGCAGCCACCCACCGAGCUGCGCCCCAGCUCUGCGCCCUGGGGCUCGGGGACCCCCGGGGCCCCCACUCUCGGGUUGGGCCAUGGCGGCAGGUGAGAACACAGUCGCUCCAGGCCCGUGGGGCUCCCGUCUCCCUCCCUGGGCUCCGCGGAGGAGGGCAGACGGCUCUGGACCCAACUUCAGGAUCGUGGAGGUGGGAGGACGCAGGGCUGUGGGGUUGCUGGACUUAGCUUAGGAACAAGGGUACUUGAGUCUGCUUAAAAGACACGAAAACUUGGGUUUUGUGGGCUUCCCUGGAAACCUAGAGGGGCGCUCUUUAAGAACGUUAGCUGGGUCGUGAGGCCCUCAUGUCACCAGUAGAGUCGGAAGGUCAGAAACCCCUUUUUAAAAAAGACUCUCGGGUUGGCAUGAUGUCAUUGCAGGCCUUUGCAGAAAAGAUUGCGAUCUCCGCAGUCGGGAGCCAGCACGGGUGGGGCCUUUAAAGGGGAUUCGGGAGCAGUCUGAGAUGCAGUGAGUGAGGGGGGGGCCAUGGCGGAGGAGCGGCCCCCCCGGCUGGUGGAUUACUUCGUGAUAGCCGGGCUUUCCGGGAGCGGAGCACCCAUCCCCGAGGAGCCGUGGGUUCCCGAGCCCAGCGGGCCCCUGCGCCCUCCGCGGCCGGCUGAUCCCAUCACGGAUGUGGCGGUCAUUGCCAGGGCCCUGGGCGAGGAGGUGCCCCAGGGUUACACCUGCAUCCAGACCUCUGCUGGGGGCCACCCCUUGGAACUCAGCGCCGGGCUCCUGGGUGGAACUCAGCCCGUCAUCUGUUACCGCAGGGGCCGUGACAAGCCCCCUCUGGUGGAGCUGGGGGUGCUGUACGAGGGGAAGGAGCGACCCAAGCCCGGCUUCCAAGUGCUAGACACGACGCCCUACAGCCACUCGGCCAAUCUGGCCCCUCCCGGCCCAGGGCACCCCCGCACCUACCUCACUUACCGGCGGGCAGCAGAGGGGGCAGGGCUGCACGCCCUGGGCAUCACUGACCUCUGCCUGGUGCUGCCCAGCAAGGGCGAGGGCACCCCUCACACCUACUGCCGACUGCCCCGCAACCUCAACCCUGGCAUGUGGGGUCCAGCGGUGCACCUGUGCUACAAGGUGGGCCUGGCCAAGGCCAACACACUGGUGUACGAGGCAGAGCUGCUGGGCCGCUACCCGGAGGAGGACAACGAGGCCUUCCCGCUGCCCGAGUCGGUGCCCGUCUUCUGCCUGCCCAUGGGGGCCACUGUCGAGUGCUGGCCUGCCCAGACCAAGUACCCCGUGCCCGUCUUUUCCACCUUCGUGCUCACGGGUGCAGCUGGAGACAAGGUGUACGGGGCUGCCCUGCAGUUCUACGAGGCGUUCCCGAGGGCCAGGCUGUCGGAGCGGCAAGCAAGGGCCCUGGGCCUCUUGAGUGCGGUGGAGCGUGGCCGGGCGCUGGGGGGCCGGGCCGUGCGCAGCCGCCGCGCCAUUGCUGUGCUGUCCCGCUGGCCUGCCUUCCCGGCCUUCCGAGCCUUCCUCACCUUCCUCUACCGCUACUCCGUCUCGGGCCCCCACCGCCUGCCCUUGGAAGCGCACAUCUCUCACUUCAUUCACAACGUCCCCUUCCCCUCCCCGCAGAGACCUCGCAUCCUGGUACAGAUGUCUCCCUAUGACAACCUGCUUCUCUGCCAGCCCGUGUCCUCACCCCUGCCCCUCAGUGGUGCCAGCUUCUUGCAGCUGCUGCAGAGCCUGGGCCCCGAGCUGGCCGUCACCCUGCUGCUGGCCGUGCUCACGGAGCACAAGCUGCUGGUGCACUCGCUGCGGCCGGACCUGCUCACCAGCGUCUGCGAGGCCCUGGUGUCGAUGAUCUUCCCGCUACACUGGCAGUGCCCCUACAUUCCGCUGUGCCCGCUGGCGCUGGCGGACGUGCUGAACGCCCCCGUGCCCUUCAUCGUGGGCAUCCACUCCAGCUACUUCGAUCUGCAUGACCCACCUGCUGACGUCAUCUGCGUGGAUCUCGACACCAACACGCUGUUCCAGACUGAGGAGAAGAAGCCCCUCUCCCCUCGGACCCUGCCCCGCAGACCCUACAAGGUUCUGCUGGCUACGCUGACACACCUCUACCAGCAGCUGGACCAGACGUACACUGGCCCCGAGGAAGAGGCGUCCUUGGAGUUCCUGCUGACGGACUACGAGGCCGUGUGCGGCCGCCGGGCCCGGCUGGAGCGUGAAGUCCAGGGAGCCUUUCUCCGCUUCAUGGCGUGUCUGCUCAAGGGCUACCGGGACUUCCUGCGCCCCCUCACCCAGGCCCCCUCCGAGGGCGCUCGAGAUGUCGACAACCUCUUCUUUUUGCAGGGUAGUCGGGGCGUCUCGGGAGGGCCGUCCGGGGGCUGGGGGUCCCGGAGCCACUUGCUUGCUUGCUCGUUCCUUCAGCCGGCAAACGUCUCAGUGGGCACAGGCUUCCUCAAGUCCCGGGAGCGCUCCAGCCACAAGCUGUACUGCCAGCUGCUGCGCACACAGAUGUUCUCGCAGUUCAUCGAGGAGUGCUCCUUCGGCUCCGCCCGGCACGCCGCCCUGGAGUUCUUUGACUCGUGCGUGGACAAGGUGCACCCAGAGCAGGACAAGCCUGAGCCCACGCCCUUGGUGGAGCUGGAGGAGCUGUCGGGGAGCGAGCUCACCGUCUUCAUCACCCCUCCCGAGGAGCCCCCAGCACCAGAGGGCAGUGAAUCCGCCCCCCAGUACUGCUACGACGGCUUCCCAGAGCUACGGGCCGAGCUGUUUGAGUCUCCUCAGGAGCAGCCCGGGGCUCUGCCCGUGCCGGGCCCGACCCGCAGUGCCCCCAACAGCCCUGCCCCCCGCCGUACCAAACAGGCGUCCCCGCCCCAUCCAGGAGAUGAAGGUGGCCCAGCGGAUGGCGCAGAAGUCGGCGGCCGUGCCCGAGCUGUGGGCCCGGUGUCUGCUGGGGCACUGCUACGGGCUGUGGUUCCUGUGUCUGCCCGCCUACGUGCGCUCGGCGCCCUCCCGCGUGCAGGCUCUGCACACGGCCUACCACGUGCUGCGCCAGAUGGAGAGCCGCAAGGUGGUGCUGCCGGACGAGGUGUGUUACAGGGUGCUGAUGCAGCUGUGCUCCCACUACGGGCAGCCCGUGCUGUCGGUGCGAGUCAUGCUGGAGAUGCGGAGGGCCGGCGUCGUGCCCAACACCAUCACCUACGGCUACUACAACAAGGCUGUGCUGGAAAGCAAGUGGCUGUCUGGUACGCCGGGCGGACGCCUGCGCUGGGCCAAGCUCCGGAACGUUGUCCUGGGGGCCGCUCAGUUCCGCCAGCCCCUGAGGGAACGGCGGCGGCGGCAGCAGCAGCAGGCGGCGGCGCCAGAGGCAGGCGGUGCCCAGACAGGUGGGUGGGGGCCGGGACAGGCUUGGGGACAGCAGCCAGGCUCCAGCAGAGAAGCGUGAGGGGCCAGGGCUGGCCUCGUGGUGGGCACUGGGUGUUCUGGGCACUCUGGGUGGGCUGUGCUUGGCCGGUAAAAAGGGGAGGAUGUUCUGCCCGGGAGGGUCCCUGCGACCCCGGUCCAUGCGGGGAGCCCUGUGUUGGAGUAGAGGGCUGGUCUCUAGGUGGCUGCCUCUUGGCCUCGUCCCCGUCUUUUGCAGAGCCUCGUCUGGAGCGUCACUCCCCUACCCGCCCGCUUCAGCGCCAGACCACUUGGGCUGGUCGAAGCUUUUGGGACCCAGCUUCACCCACAGGGCGCCUGGUGAAAAGCGGCAGCCUGGGCAGUGCCCGCGGGGCCCAGCCCACCGUGGAGGCCGGCGUGGCCCACAUGAUCGAGGCCUUGGGGGUCCUGGAGCCCCGGGGGUCCCCUGUGCCCUGGCGAGAUGGAAGCCUCUCCGACCUGAGCUUGACCGGGGAGGAGCCGGCGCCUGGGGGCAGCCCGGAGGACUCGGGCUCUGCCCUGAGCACCCAGUCCACCGAGGCCCCGGAAGGGCUGAGUGGGCGGACGCCCAAGGCUGGUGGGCGUCAGGACGAGGCCCGCACCCCCAGACGAGGGCUGGGCACCCGCCUGCAACAGCUGCUCACCCCUUCCCGCCGCCCCCCUGCCUCGCGCGGCGCCCCGCCCGAGCUGCCCCCUGACCCACCUCCCCCAGCCCGCCGCAGCCCCAUGGACAGCCUCCUGCGCCCCCGUGAGCGCCCUGGAUCCACUGCCUCUGAGAGCUCAGCCUCUCUGGGCAGCGAGUGGGACCUCUCCGAGUCUUCUCUCAGUAGCCUGAGCCUUCGCCGGUCCUCAGAGCGCCUCAGUGACACCCCUGGGUCCUUGCAGCCGCCCUCCCUGGAAAUCCUGCUGUCCAGCUGCUCCCUGUGCCGGGCCUGUGACUCGCUGGUGUACGACGAGGAGAUCAUGGCUGGCUGGGCACCUGAUGACUCCAACCUCAACACCGUCUGCCCUUUCUGCGCCUGCCCCUUCGUGCCCCUGCUCAGCGUCCAGACCCUGGAUUCCAGACCCAGGGCCCCCAGCCCCAAGCCUGCCCCUGCCGGUGGCAGCAAAGACGCUCCUGUCCCCGGGGGCCCGGGCCCUGUGCUCAGUGACCGCAGGCUGUGCCUCGCCCUGGAUGAGCCCCAGCUGUGCAAUGGGCACACGGGGGGCACCUCCCGGCGGGUGGAGGCUGGGGCCUGGGCCUAUCUGAGCCCUCUGGUGCUGCGGAAGGAGCUGGAGUCGCUGGUGGAGAACGAGGGCAGUGAGGUGCUGGCAUUGCCUGAGCUGCCGGCUGCCCACCCCAUCAUCUUCUGGAACCUCCUGUGGUAUUUCCAGCGGCUGCGGCUGCCCAGUAUUCUGCCCUGCCUGGUGCUGGCCUCCUGCGAUGGGCCCCCACCCCCCCAGGCCCCGUCUCCCUGGCUGACACCUGACCCGGCGUCUGUGCAGGUGCGGCUGCUGUGGGAUGUCCUGACCCCUGACCCCAGUAGCUGCCCACCUCUCUAUGUGCUCUGGAGGGUCCACAGCCAGGUCCCGCAGCGGGUGGUGUGGCCAGGCCCCGUGCCCGCACCCCUCAGCAUGGACCUGCUAGAAUCGGUGUUGCGCUAUGUUGGUCUCAGCGAAGUACACAAAGCCGUGGGGCUCCUGCUGGAAACUCUGGGGCCGCCUCCCACAGGCCUGCACCUGCAGAGGGGCAUCUACCGUGAGAUCUUAUUCCUGACAAUGGCCGCUCUGGGCAAGGACCACAUGGACAUAGUGACCUUCGACAAGAGGUACAAGUCUGCCUUUAACAAGUUGGCCAGCAGCAUGGGCAAGGAGGAGCUGCGGCAGCGGCGGGCACAGAUGCCCACUGCGAAGGCCAUCGAUUGCCGGAAAUGUUUCGGAGCACUUCUGGAAUGCUAGGGACCCUUAAGCUUUCGUCUCCCACCUGGGGUGGGGAGGUGAGGGAGAAAGGGUUCCAGAGACAACCUGCUUCCCUACUCCUUCCGUACAGGAGUUGGGGACGGCCUGCGAGGCAGGCCCAGCCAUAGGCACCGAGUGCACGGGCAGCAGGAAGCGGGACCCACUGUGACCAAAAGUCAUAGUCCCCUCUCUGCGGCCUGCCCCGUGUGCUCACGCUGAUGUUAUAGGAGGUGGGGGCGGCGUAGGGGAGUCGGCACAGUUCUACUCUUCCCCAAAUUGUACCAGGAACUCUCCUCCAGGGCACCCACAGAUCUGCACCGCCCUGGUCGCGUUACAAGUUUUUGUUUUAAAAAACAACUGGAAAAAUACAGAGCUACUGAGCCUUUGCCCUGAGUGGGAGGGAGGGAUGUCAUCCCACCAGUGAUGGUUCUUCUUCCCCAGAAUUGCCGAAGUAGCCCGAGGCUCUCCGUUACACCUUCCUACCUUAGUGUUUGUAUUUUAAGUUAUUUAUUUUGGAGCCAUAGCCCCUUGCUUAGGAGGCUCUUAGGGAUGGUGAGAAAGAGAAGGGACACGGGGCACCAUGGUUCAGUGGCUUGUAGCUGCGGAAGAGGCAGGGGCCAUCUAGAGGAGCCCCAGACCCCCCUCAGGAAGAGCUAAAGCCCCGUCCAGUCCAGUCCUUCCCGCCCAGGGCCCGGACCGUGCAAUAAGGGUCGUUCCUUGCAAAGUUUUGUUGUAUGUAAAUAUAGUAAAAGCUGCUUCUGUCUUUUUC